UUCGCAAUACCAACCUCCAGGAGGAAGUAGUGCGUCGCCAUAGACUGUGAAGACAUAGAGCAGCUCUCCCAAAUCUACAGAGAUGAAUGGUAGGAAUUAGGCUCGUGCCAUGAAUUAAAUUAAUGGUUAGUGUUUGGCACAGUUGUCAUAGAAAACAGCAAUCAGUCAGUCACCUGACACGUAACAGACAUGACGAAUUAUCCGACCGUGCAACAAACAGCAGCCAUGUUUGUAGGCGUCACUGCCAUCUCUACCUGCUGUAGUUCUGUGAGCUUCUGAGUCAGGCUUUACUGUAAUUAUCAGCCGAAUACCGUUGGCAGGCAGAAGCUGCUGGUGUACGGAAGCAGUCACUCUGUUGCUCUCCCCCGCCGUCUUCUGUCAUUUUGAAGGGCACGGGACAGCCCAUAGAACACAGGCGUGUGUGCGUGUGCAGCUGCAGCCUGUGUCUUUAAGCGCAGACGGAGACAUUUGUGUCACUGAGAUGUAGCCUGCCUGCUGAAUCUGUCGCGAGCAUCGCUCCAAACCCACCUGCUCCUCCUCACAGUCUUCAACCCGCUGAGGAAGGAGAGAAGGAAGGUGCUGUGAUGCCUAUGAUUUCAUCUGAGAGGCAACUGGAAAGGAAAGUUUAGGGUGUUUUUUUGGGUCCUUAGAGGGGUAAUUUUACACCUUUCCAGAGACUCCAGACCGACCGUCCUCGACAUCUGCAGAAACGGUUUACUCAAAAUCCAGCUGCUGUUAAAACCCCCAACACAGAAGAACCAAAACAGCAUCCCUCAGAAAUGGACCAAGAUAGUCCAAGCCAAAGCCAAACACCAAAGGAGAACCCAAAUGAUGCAGCAGAAGUUUCAACAACUCCAGCCCCAGCACCAAAUAUAGAAGCUCCAGCUCCUCAUUCCACCUCCAGCCAGCCUGCAGCUCCCGGCAGGCCUCGUAGGCCGCAGAGAAGUGCCAGAGUCGAGGGCUCUGUAGACGUCUCAGAACCCAGACUAGAGCCCAAAGCCGAGCCCUCUCCCGAGGCCGACAAGGACCAAUGCACUCCAGAUGGAUCGGUGCCAAGCAGGCCCAAACCCUCUCGCUCUGCAGCAGGCAAACCAGCAGGAGAGCACACCAGGCCUGGCAUCAAGGCUGGUCCUAAAGGUGCAGGGCACCACCCAGUUAGGGCCGCCUCCGUCCCACACGCCCCUGCAAGCAGGCCUGCAGUCCCUCACCUGAACCCUCAUGCACAGAGAGCCCUCUCUGUGGCAGGUACAGCUGACACUCAGGCCCAGACUGUUGAAGACUUCAGGGUGCACAUCAUCACUUGGAACGUGGGUUCGGCCAUGCCACCUGAUGACAUCACUUCCUUGCUGGGGCUGAAUGUCAGCGAUGGAAACACAGACAUGUACAUCAUUGGGCUGCAGGAGGUGAACUCUAUGAUUAACAAAAGGCUCAAAGAUGUCCUCUUCACAGACCAGUGGAGCGAAGUCUGCAUGGAGAGACUCAGCCCCUUUGGUUAUGUGCUGGUGACCUCUCAACGGAUGCAGGGUUUGUUACUGCUGGUCUUUUCCAAGUACUUCCAUCUGCCCUUCCUCCGAGGAGUCCAGACCGAGACCACACGCACCGGUUUGGGGGGUUACUGGGGAAACAAAGGUGGUGUGAGCGCCCGCAUGUCUGUGUUUGGCCACACCAUCUGCUUCCUGAACUGCCACCUGCCGGCACACAUGGAAAACUCGGAACAGCGCAUGGAGGACUUUGAGAGCAUCCUGCAGCAGCAGCAGUUUGAGGGCCAGGCUGCCACUGGGGUUCUUGACCACGAUGUGGUAUUCUGGUUUGGAGAUCUCAAUUUCCGCAUCGAUGAGCUGGAAAUGCAAGUUGUAAAAUCAGCCAUCGAUAACAACAAGUAUUCAAUGUUGUUGGAAAAGGAUCAGCUCAACAUGGCCAAAGACAGUGAGACAGUAUUGGAGGGUUUUCAAGAGGGGCCGCUGAAAUUCCCUCCCACCUACAAGUUUGAUGUUGGAACAAACACAUACGACACAAGUGGGAAGAAGCGCAAACCAGCUUGGACCGACCGCAUCCUGUGGCGCCUGAGAGCGACUGCGCCUGCAGGGGCUGCUCUCAGUGCAGGGAAGCGUGGCUCCAUGUCAGGGUUGACCAGCGGGGCCAAAGUGACACAGCACAACUACAGAAGUUACAUGGAGUACACUGUUAGUGACCACAAACCAGUGUCCUCAAUCUUUACCCUACAGUUCCCUUACAAGGUGGAUGUCCCCCUGGUCAUACUCAUAGUGGAGGAUGAGUGGAAUAGUAUUCCUGAUGCCAUUGUUAAAUUUAAGCUGACCCCCAACUUUGCUCGAAGUUCCUGGGACUGGAUUGGACUGUACAAGGUGGGUUUCAAACACCAUAAGGACUAUGUAGGAUAUGUGUGGGCCAAGCAAGAGGAGAACGACUUUCUUCGACAAGAGCAGCAGAUUGUCUUUACCGAGGAGGAAUUGCCCAAAGACUCAGGGGACUUCAUCUUGGGUUACUAUAGCAACAACAUGAGCACCAUUGUGGGUGUAACCGAGCCAUUUCAGAUCCAGCUUCCAACCACAGGUCCUGACCACAGUUCUUCAGACAGCUCUGACUUCAGCUCAGAAGAUGACAGCACUGUUGUCCUCAUGAAAACAAGGUCCCGCAGUCCAAGUCCUCGCAAAAAGCACCGAGGCCAUCACAGCAGCCACAGCGGCAGCCGUUCAGGCAGCCCAGCUCGGGCUAAGAUAAAAGAGCCUGAUGUCGCUGAUGGAUCUUCACCCAGCACCACAGCAACAGCUGAGUGUGAGUCCACAGGACCUCCAGCAGAGGGCAGCAGCAGCAAAGUGUCUGCCUCUACUGAGAGGGAAAAAGAAACAGGGGAUGCAGGAGUGUGAUACUUGUGUCCUGCUGUUGUCAAAGGUUACAUAGCCAACUGUUGUGUCUUUUAUCACAUACAUUUACUACGCUGUAUGUUUUCUGUAAUGAAAUGAUACAGUUUCUAAUGCCAUUCUUUUCAGGAACAGCCUUCUGGUUGGUCCAGAAGGCUAACUUUGCCUUGAGUUAUUAAGCUGUGCACAUUGUAUGUUUUUAUUUGUAAAUCUUUCACACUGUCCUGUUUUUCUUCUACCUUUGUCCGUUCUCAGGUGUGGACAGUACAGGGAGCUGACACCUUGCAUUAAGAAAUACUCAAGGAUUUAUAACUGUAUAGUCAUGUAGAGUAAAAGAGUAGUUACGAAACACUCUUCAGAAACCAUCUUUCCUACAUCUUGACAGAGGUUUGAAACUCUGCAGUGAAGUACCUAGCAGGCAGCAAACUGCAUGCAAGUGUCAAAUAACAGCUAUGAAAGUAUGAAAAAUUGGCACAGACAUUGCUUCUAGAUCACUAACUUUGCUUUGGCUGUGGAACAUGCAUCUAUUAUGACACAAAUCUGCUCAGACUGAUAUGCAUUCUGCAAAUCUUUAAACAGCCAUGCAUUUAGUCUUGUAAGUAUGAUCUCACUCUUUUGGAUAAUUCCUCUAUUGGAAAUUCAGCAUGCAUUAUUUAACAACAUAACCUGCAAGAGGUGGGUUGACUCGUCCACCAAUGGGAAGAAAGCCCUUUCAGGUUUCUUAUAAACAGAGCAGUAUCAAAUUAGGUAGGGACGGAGGGGUUCAGGGAGGCUUGGCAGUGGUUGCAGUACAUGUCAGAGGAAAGAGUGAAUGUGAGCGUAAAGGCCUUUAAAUAGAGCGCCAAAUCAGUGCAGGAAGAUUUAAUAUGUGUGGGAGACUACUUGUUAGCUAACCCUGCAUAGCUGCCAGAGCUAGUUUAUGAAUUGUUGGGCACUAACUCUGCUGGUAAAUAUCUGAGCUAGGAAACACACUGUAUGUUGCUGUGGCACACAUACUAUCAUGUGUAGUAAUGGGCUUUACCUAAAUUAACCCACCACCAAAUUGUUUUAGAUUUUAUUUACUCAGAGAAUUAAGUUAUCUUUAUGUUGUUUUCAAACAUACUAAAAACAAAACAUUUCUGUCUCGUUGUUGUUUUGAACAUUGGCUGAUAAUCAAUUUGGAGAUCCAAAAAAUGUGAGCAGGAACUGAGCUAUGUAGUGCUCAAACAGGGCUUUACAUUAUACUGCAGGUAGUAUGGUACGCUGUUGACAUGUUUCACUAUUAUAAAAUCACAAUGUUUUUUUUUCAUAAAUCAGAUCUUAUUUUUUUAUAUGAUUUUAGACUUUAGUUUUUUUUUUGCUGUUUGUAUGGUUGUUUUUGUUAACGCUUGCCCACAUCCCCCAUUUAUGAACUUGGUGAUUAGCUGACAGUGACAGUCACAGUAGUCGUGUUGCAUAGUUACUGUGUGACCUCUGAUGCACCGUAUUAGACACUUUGUACUUUUGGGCUGUUAGCAUAGGACAGUGAAUACUGUUGUAGCUGUAACCUCAGUGUGUAUGUCUGUAAUCAGUUUUUGUGUGUAUGUGUUUUUAUGGAUGUGUGAGUGUUUUUGAUGGAGGAGCGUGUGCGUGUAUGUGUGUGUGUGUGUGUGUGUGUGUAGCUAACCUUGGCAGUGAAUAAGGUGCGACUGUUUGCAUGGUUUGCUGCUGGACAUACUGUACAUUCCGGUACUGUGAUUUUUGUGCCGUAAAGUGGUUUUUGACUCCUAUUUGUUAUAAUAGUGGCUGUGAAAAUUAUUAGUCCAACACUGUUAAGGGCAGAAUAUGAAUUUAAUGAACUACAGUGUAAGUGUUAGGUGAAGAAAAUGCAGGACAGUUAUGCUUGCAUUCACUUGAAGUUGUUUGAAUCAUUUCUUGGUGCACUCGUUUUUUUAUUGAAUGGAAAAUCUUUUGGACCCUUUGUGCAGAGUGACAUGUUAAAAAAUGUUCAAGAUUGUAUGACUUUGUCCUACUCUAUAGCUAAUUUAGAUAAGUAUGAUCAGUUCUGCAGUCAUGAUCAAGUGACAUUUUGUUUGUGAAAUGUAAUUGAAAAAUUAUCUGUCUACAGAAUGUUAUUGCUUUGUAAUUAUGUGGCUAAAAUAGAAGAAGUAUGUGUGUAAAGGACAAAUAUCAAGUACAAAAAAAAUAGAAGACAAUCUAUGCCACAAAGAUUAUUUUACUUAAAUCAUGUAUUUAUUUUCUUAUUUAUCUAUUAAAUGAGCCUGAAUUCUGCUGGCCAGUGAGGGAGCAUCAUUUCAGUGGAAAUGUUAAAGUUAUAUAACAGAAUACUGAUAACUAUUUUUUUGUUAUUAGGAACUAUGAAGUGAUUUCUCCAGUGAUCACAAAAAAAGAGUGCUGUCUGUCCUGAGUGUCCUCAUAAUUAUUGCCAUUGCUUGAUAAAUGGGUAGUAUGUUUCUUGUGUAGUUUUAUAAGUAAAAAGCCCUAUGUAUUGAAGAGGCUGAGUGGCAGGGGGUAGAAAUGAAGAAUGGGGCAUAAAGGCAGAUAAGAGAGAUCAAGAAACACAAACCAUGACUAGGAUCAUAAUGUGAUUUCAGAGAGAAAAUAAAGUUGAUGGCUUUAA